GUAGUUCAUGUGUAUGUCAGCCAGGAUACAGGAUGGUUUCUAGUAAUGGUGGGUCCUCUGUUAUUUGUGAAAAAUGCCCAGAAAAUAUGAGUGGAGUUACUCAAGAUGGGUGGAAUUGUAUUACUUGCCCUAAAGGCCUAACUUCAGAAGGAAAAUGUAAAUGCCUCAGUAAUGAAAUAUUAGUGGAAAGAAGUGUCGAUGGCAUUUUACUUAAUGAAGCACUGUGCAUACAUUGUAAUGGAAGUGCGCAAUCAUUCUCUGCUUCAGAUGUGUCAGGAAAUAGGUGUGUAAGAUGUGAACAAACGUUCAUCAAUGUCAGCAAGUCUUGUGACUGCAGCAGCCCAAACAUUUUAACUGGGGGAUUGUGUUUCAGUGCUAGUGACAGCUUACUCCCAAAGGGAGUUGCAACUGUUCGUUUUGGACAGCUAGGUAUAACACUGACAUCAGCAUGGUUUCUGAAAAACCUGCAAUCCUCAGCCUCUGCCUGUUGGUUGUACUCCAAUCUAACAGCAUGCCAAGCUCUUGGAAAUAUGUGUGUAAUGAAUAUGAACUCACUGAGUUCUUCAAGUACUGAUGCCUGUGGUUUAUUUCAGUAUAUUUAUGUCAAUACAGCAAGGCUAGGCAUUGUUCAUUCAAUAGCCUUCUGGAGGCAUAAUCUUCCAUGGCUAUAUUAUGGUGAUCAACCAGGAUUAGCAUCCCAAGUGCUUGAGGCAAACAUUCCUACAGUCUUCAGUUUUAAAGGAACAGAUAAGGAUGUAAAGCUGCAAUUUAUUGCAGCCUCAUUUGAUGCAGCAGGAAACUUUCUUAAGUGGCAAAAUUUGGAAGGAGGCAUCUUACAGCUUUGUCCUGAUACCCAAACUAAAUUGAAUGCAGCUUAUACAUUUGGAACAACUUACCAACAAAGUUGCAAAGUUUCAGUUUCGAAGCUUUUACUGGAUUUUGCUAAUCCAAUCUUUUAUGACCUCUUCCUUGAAUAUAACGGUGACAAUGGACAACAAUAUCUUUGGGCUGUGCCAGUUUUAAACUUGAACCUUCAGUACAGUGAAAUGUUUGUUAAUCAAGGCAGUAGUAUGAACAACUGGCUUUUGACUCGUCGAUUUUUUUUGGUGGACGCACUAAGUGGAAAAGAGAAUGACUUGGGAAAACUACCAAGGGUAAUACGAAUUGCUAGCAAAAUAACAAUAAGUAUUCGUCUGGUGUCACAUACUCAGAGAGGAACUAUCUACCCUCCUCUACUUACUAUUGCUUACACAGAUGUGCUUGUUCAAAACCCUGAAACCCAGAGUGUGAUGGUUUCCUUCUCAGUCAAUUAUGAGAUGAAUCAGUCAGAAGCUCAGAUUCAGACUGAUAUCACGUUGGGUGUGUUGGGUGGGCUUGCAGUGUUAUGGUCCCUUCUCAAGACUGCAGGCUGGAAGAGGCGUACAGGAAGCUCUAUAAUUGACUUGCAGACAGUUUUGAAGUUCUUACUGUUUUAUGCUGGAGAUCUUGCCAAUGUUUUCUUUGUCAUCACAGUGGGCACAGGAAUUUACUGGCUUGUGUUCUUCAAAGCUCAGCAGUUUGUCUCUGUCCUUUUACCACUUCCAUCUCAAGAAGAAGGUUUUGUUACAUACGUAGCAUGUGCGUUUAGUUUAAAGGCUCUGCAAUUCUUACAAUUGCUGGUUUCACAACUUACUAUAGAUAUUUUCUUUAUUGACUGGGAAAGACCUAAGGGCAAAGUUCUUAAAGCAGUUGAAGGUGAAGGUGUUAUUAAAAGUGCUGCCGCACCUGUGAGCAUAUGGAGGACAUAUUUUAUAGCAAAUGAAUGGAAUGAAAUUCAGACAGUGAGGAAGAUAAAUCCCCUCUUUCAAGUACUUGCAGUUCUUUUUUUUCUGGAGGUGGUGGGAUUUUCAAACCUGGCUUUAAUGGAUUCUUCUUCCAGCCUUACAAGAAGCAGUGAGAGUUACAUAGCUCCUUGGAGCCGCAUUUUAAGAUUUGGUGUGUCUGCUGCACUCUGGCUAGCCAUUGCCUUCUUACAGGUUAUAUUUUUUUCUGUGUUUUAUGAAAGAUUUGUUGAAGAUAAGAUAAGCCAAUUUGUUGAUUUGUGUUGCAUGAGCAAUAUUUCAGUGUUUCUCUUGUCACACAGCUGCUUUGGUUAUUAUAUCCACGGUCGCUCUGUGCAUGGACAUGCAGAUACCAAUAUGGAAGAAAUGAAUAUGAACCUAAAAAGAGAAGCAGAAAAUCUAUGUAGUCAGAGAGGUUUAUUACCGAACACAGAUGGUCAGACAUUUCAGAUUUCCAUUUCAAGAAAAAUGCGACUGCACUAUGACAGGAUUCAUGAAACCCUAACAAGAAAACGUGGUCCUGCUAGGCUUUUGGACUCAUCUGCAAAUACUUUCGAACAAAGCACAAGGGCAUACAACACCAUGAACAAAUUUCUCGGCUCUUUUAUUGAUCACGUUCAUAAAGAAAUGGAUUAUAUUGUUAAAGAUAAGUUGCUGCUUGAACGGAUUCUUGGCAUGGAGUUCAUGGAACCAAUAGAGAAAAGUAUUUUUUACAAUGGUAAANNNCACUCUUUCAGUGAUGUUCUCUACUAUGGCAAUGAGACAACACUGCUCAUCUUUGAUAUCCUGUUUUUCUCCAUUGUGGAUCUGGCUUCCCAAAGUUUUGUUUUAGCUGCUAUUCUAACAUAUUUGCAACAAGAGAUAUUUAGGUUUAUUCGUAAUACACUUGGGCAGAAGAAUUUGGCAUCUAAAACCUUGGUGGAUGAAAGAUUUCUCAUUUAA